AUGGGAAAUGCUUUGGAAAUUGAAAGAUAUAACACUGCAGCCACUGAAGCUUUAGUCUUCAUGCUUAUCCUUGGUUAUAAAAUUGGUGAUAACUAUGAAGAAAUACAGUGCCUGUUUGAUCAUCCAAUUGACAAUAGCAGAGUAUAUUAUAUCCCAGAUGCAUUUCAAAUGCUAAAACUGGCUAGAAAUACUUUAGGGAAUAAUCAUGUCUUGGAGUCAAACAAUGGUUUCAUUAAAUGGGGAYAUAUAACAAAUAUUUAUGAUGAACAAAAUAAAUUAACUCUAAAAUUUGCCAACAAAAUAAGUAUGGCUCAUGUCCAUUGGACAAAUAAUAAAAUUAUGGUGAAAUAUGCUGCUCAAACAUUAAGUUCAUCAACUGCUGAUACUAUGGAAUAUUUGAGUAGUAUUAAGUAUCCUAAAUUUAAUAAUGUAGYUACAACAGCAGAAUUUUGUAGAGCCAUUGAUAGMAUUUUUGACUUUUUAAAUUCAAAAACUAAAAUAACCUUUAUAAUUGGUUUUGCAAUUGCAGUUAAAUCAAUGUUAAGUAUUGCUAGAGAGUUAUUUGUUGUAUCUACUUAUUUUAGUUAUGUUUUAAGUUAUACAUUUUCUCAGGACCAUUUAGAGUUACUGUUUGGUCGUAUUUGCCAAAGAUUUGGUGCUAACAACAAYCCCAAUUUAACUCAAUUCGAAACUGCCAUGAAACAAAUUCUAUUGAAAAAUGCCAUAAAAUGCAGAUUUAAUGGAAAUUAA